AAUCUAAAAUGAAGCUAUGGGAUAUUUUGGCCACGUGUUUGUUGCUGCUGACCGCUGUCGGUUCAAGUCCGCUUUUCGGAAAAUGGUAUUCUGGCAGGAAAACAUCGACGUACGUGGAACAACUCCAAGAGGUGCCUUCGUUGCUACUGGAAGAUUCUGAACCUCAGUCGGUUAGCGAGAAGUCCUCACUUGAAGACUACACUAUGCCAGAGCUGUAUCCGGAACAAUUUGAAGAUGUAGUGGAGUUCAUUCAAGCCACAAUAAAAAGAUUAAAGAGAUCCCCGGACUGGGCACUUCCAGCUCGGAACAAAGGGGACAAGAGACGGCAAAAAGCUCCAGCAAACACAGACACUACAGUAAAAAAACCUGCCAGGAACAGGAACCGGGGCUGCGUUUUAAAGGAGAUCCAUUUAAAUGUAACCGACCUGGAUUUAGGUUACCAGACCAAAGAGGAGCUUAUUUUCAGGUACUGUAGCGGGUCCUGCAACUCUCGGGAGACCACCUAUGACAUGAUACUGCAAAAUUUAACAAAAAACAAAAAGCUGGUCAAGGAGAAAGUGAAAAUGCAGGCCUGCUGUCGGCCCACAGCCUUUGACGAUGACGUAUCAUUUUUAGACGACAACCUGAUAGACUAUCGCACGCUUAAAAAACAUUCCGCCAGGAAAUGUGGCUGUGUCUGAGUUGUUUUUCUUUGGAACAUGUUGCAUUCCUGCAGUAUUUGCGGAUGGGACCAAGGUUCCAAGAUAAUUAUAAGUCCCAGGGGGAGAACAGGACCAAGGAUCCAGAACAGAAGACAAGGGGGCAGCUGGUUCUAGAAGUCUAAGCCCACUAAGGGCCAGGAGGGAGAAGACGUGAUUGCUCUGGUCUAUGUACAUGGAGAUUCAGGAGCAAGUAGUUUUAAAGCCACACUUUACAACAUAUUUUCCUGUGGUCACUGCGGGUGUACAGUAUAUGGGUCCCAUUAUUGUUCAAUGAAACCAGAUUCUGUGCUCAUAAACAUAGCUAAAAAGUCAGCAGUGGAGUUGAUUAAGUUAUAUUCUUUGCAUUCCUUCAAAGUAGUAUCACUUAGCUUACUAACUUAAAUUGACAAGUUGUCUACUUAAAUUAUACUAGACCCCUAAGAAACAUAUAACCUUUAACUUCUUAUACAUUGUAUACACAGCACACCCAUACAUGGUUAUAGGCACAGUUUGUCUGUAAUAAAUGUGUGUUUUUAAAAAUAGUACUACUACUACAACUAGACUAAGCCAAGUUGUUGACACUACUGCAUUUGCAUUGGGUAUAAUUUAAAUCAGCCAUUUUCUUGAAAAUAGGGGAAAAACUUGUGAACUGAAGGGUUCACAAGUAGUAAAAUAUCUACAAGGGAAACUGCAGCGAUAAUGUAAACCUCAGUGUAAAAGACAGUAUUGUAUGCCAGGUCCCUCCUCAUUCCAGUUGUUGUUAACUUGGAUGUAUAAGGCAUCCAUAGAUUUUUGAUAACUUUAGCUGGUUUUACAAUACUCUUGUAUAAAUGAGCUAUGUGAAGUAUUCAUUAUUUUCUUGAAAUAUAGGUCCAGAUGUUGAACGCAUCAGUAAGAAAAGGUAGCACGAAAGGGAGUUGUGUUUAUGGGCAUUUCUUUGGAAAGGCUACAUGUCGAGGUUAGCUUAGAUCUGGCCGUGCUGCUCAGAACAGAUUUAUAAAGUUUACAAGACUCAUACUUCUCUUUUAAUCAGAUCACUCAGUCAGAGGCUGGUCACUGAGGCCAAAGGGACUACCUGAUGCAAUGCAUCUAUUCAGAUUCCUAAAUAUAUAAGAUAUUUAUU